AUGUAUGGACGACCUCAACCAGAUCCCCCAUCGCAGCCUGAAUGGCGAGUGCCCCCGCGACGCGAGGUAGGCCAACAGGCGGAGGGACCUGUUCCUCCUCCGCCGCCUCGUCCACAGACAACAGGUGCAUAUAGUCCAGCGACGUACGGCCCGAUCUCAAACUCCCCGGCAAAUGCAGGCACAUCGCCUGUGACGGGUGCGGACCCAAGAACUUGGGGGGUGCGGUAUAACCAGCAACACCAUCCGAUAUAUGCUCCGCCGCCGUUGCCGCCUCGGCCAUCGAGUACCAACGAGCAACCGUACGCCUAUGCGCAACCGCAUACGCAUCCGCCGCCCAUAAACAAUAGCAUCUCCCCUCCGCCGCUAGCCCAUGGCGUCGAACCUUUCUCGGGCGUUCAACCCCCAUUGGCCUCGUCGAUCGUUCCACCACCGUAUACCGAGCAUCCAGCCCCAGCCCCAGCUCCAGCUAUAUCUCCCGUUCCACCUCCGCCUCCCAAAAAGCCGCAAGGAUACCAGCCAACCCCGCCGCCUGUUCAGCUUCUACCGGAACGGCCUCCACUGCUCGCGCAAGGCUCAGGGCCGGCAGCAACACAGGGUUCGUAUGGAUUUACGGGGCAUACUUCUAUUAAUACCAAUGUGGCUCCAACGGGUCCCUCGGCGUUGGGCCCAGGAACACCCUCUGAUUGGGAGCAUUUGGGACCAACGCCGGGUGAAUUCGACGAUGCCCCUUGGUUUCCACCAAGGCCUCCACCUCCACCUCAACCCCAAACUGUGACUUAUACACUACUCCAAUCGCCAGAUUCAAUUUCCACUCCACCGGGAUACUCAACUGGAAUGCCCCCUCCUGCAGCCCCAGUGCCAGCAAACGCACCACUUCCGCCACGGGUAGAUACAGCGCCGCCACCUCCGGGCGACCUGUAUCAUGGCGAUCAUUCGCGUCGGAAUGAUUCAAUGUCACCGAUCAGCCCUGCAAGUACCAAGGGAGGGCGCCCCACCGAUCCUCUCAAUCGAAUGGACAGCGUUAGCUCUGGUGUUUCCUCGUUUGGCGGCCGCGCCGACAGCAUCGACAAUGUCAUCGAUGCCUGGGUGAAGCCAUUGUCGCCUCCGUCCAGGCCAGCACAGCCAGAUCUCCCACCUCCGAGUCAUCGGACCACUCCGGUCGCGGCCGCUCCACCAACACAGAGCAGCCCGCCUCCGGCUCAGGAUCCGAGAAUGCUUUCAAGUCCAGUGCAAGUGCCGGCCCCAAUUGCGGAGGCACGACCAAGCACUGUAGCUCCUAGAGAGCCAGAUCCUUAUGAGGAUCUCGACCCAUGGUCUAAGUCCUCUUUAACCCGCUUCAUUGCGAUGCUACGCAAAGAGGCAGUUGCCGACUCGGACGAGGAGCGCUACAAGAUCUUCAUUGCUUUCACGGCCAAGGAGACCAAGCUUCGGGAGAUUCUCUAUAAUAUUGAACACGAUGUGCAAGAUACCCUGCCAGUAUCUCGUAGCUCUGAGGUAGCACAGAAUCGGUCGUCUCCUAUCUCAGACAAUGGCAAGCCAGCUAUCGAAUCAGGGUUAAUUCCCGUGGAGACAGAAGAAAUUCGGUCACCGACUACUACAAUUACGGAUGACGGAAAUGACGGUGAUGAUACGGCCAGUGAAUACAGUGCGGGAGGCCGACCUACUCUCGGCAAACGAGCUCGUCAAGCGUCACAGUGGACACCCAAGCUCUCAACGCUUCCAGCGGGUGAAGACCCGACCAGUCGACCUAUCAAACCCCCUUCAAGGCAGUUCUCAUUGGACGAUGCGCUCCAAAAGCAGACAAUUGAGCCGCUCACGACCAAUCCCCCGCGGCCUAUCUAUACACCAUUCCAGUACACCGAAGGGCCCCAGCGUGGCUCAGAUAACCUUACUUUUGACCGUCCGGCAUAUCAGGCCUACUCUGAGCUUCGGCAAGCUUCCGCCGUGAGUGGACGAAUCAUGUCAAAUGUGCCUCCCCCGAUACUUCGAUCGAGGUCCGACACACUGCCAACGUCUCCGGCUCAAGAUGAACAUAAUGAGACUUUCCUUGGCCUCAUCCGCGAUAAGAGCAGCGCUUAUCAAGCAACAGACCGCCGAGCAACCAUCACGGCCCCGUUGCUUCCCGCACCUCUCCGGCAAGGACGACGGUCCGAUGAUCCAGUUGAAGAUAUUCGUGCCAUGGUUUGGACUCCCCUGGACAAACAAUCUGAAAGCUCUUGGCAUAUCACGACUCGGGAAGAAUUGGACAACUUCCCAGAUAACUUCGCCUAUAUUCAAGAAACGGUUGAUAACUGGGAGAGUUCCGCACAUGAACGCCGGUCAAAACUAGAGCAAGAACGCACUGCUCGGCAGGAGGAAUCGGAAGCCCAGAUCGACGACCUCUUCAAUGGCAAGGAGAUUGGAUAUGCUGACAUCAAUACUCUGGAAGAGGAUUUCCGUCAGAGCGAAGCUCGUAUUCAGCUUGAUGAGGAGCGCGAAGAGGUGAACGAAUUCAUGGAAAAAGUGUUCAAUCCUCUGGACGAGCGCUUGAAAACCGAAAUCUCGGCUCUCCGCAAGUCCUAUGACUCUGCGCUCAAUCAACUGGAUCGAGAUCAGAAGGGAAAGAGCUCGCCGGUGGAGCAAUGCAGCCCAUCCGUGACCAUGAAACUAGUCAAUGAUAUUCAUAGCAAGCUUGAGAUCCGUUUCCAGAAGAGGCUCGAAAUUGCCUUGGACUGUGAGCGUCGUCGCAAAAAGGCCGAACGUCGUCCCUUGGUGUUCAUGGGUGACAUGGCUAGUCUUCGCAAGCUAGAUGGGGACUUUGACCGCAUGGAGAAGCGGAACAUUCUGGAGGCGGCCAAGGAUCGCGACGAUCGAGCGAAUCGGCUCAUGGAUUCAUUCGAUGAUGCGAUCCUCCACGGGCUAGGUAUGAAUCAGAGCCUCCUGGAUGAGCUUGCGAGCAAAGCAGCCCGGCUUGACCCCGCGACCCUCCGUGCGUCCAACCUGCCGGAUUCUGAAGUCGAACAGAUUCUCAAAUCCGUGGCGACGUUCGCGACGUCGCUUCACAAAGAUUCGGAGGCGAUUCUCCGAAGCUCGGCUGUUGCGGAAGUAGCCCUCAACGACGCCGACUACAACGUCUCCGUCGCCGAAGCGCGAUAUGCCAAUUCGGAACCGGAUAUCUUCCAUCGGCUUGAGAUGGAGAAGAAGAAAGAAGAUGCGAUUCUUCAAGCAGACUUGGAUACUAAGCUGCAGAGCAUCCAAAAGGGCCCGCGGGAGAUUGAGGCUACCGCUAAACGCUUGCUUGAGGAAUUGAAAAAGACCCCAAAGCCUGCGACACCAAACCCGGCCCCGGCCCCUGCUCCGGCUCCAACACGAGUUCCAACUAAGUCUCCAAGUCCUCCAGCAGCACCUGAGCCCGAGGGGGCAAUCAUGGCGAGUCGGCCAGCUGAUUUGUUGCCAUUGGACCUUCGCCCUGCGACUAUUGCCCCCAUUCAGAGCCCUAGCCCACCUCUGGCGAGUCGCCCUGUGGUAGACCCCGAGGUGGAGCAUAAGGAGAGGCUGCGGAGAGCACUAGAGGAUGCGAAAAAGCGCAAUGCAGCCCGGGCCGACCAAUAA